UUAAAGAACAAGGCAGAAGAACAAAACUAGGGUUCCAUACAAAAAACCAUGCACCGUUCAGCAGCCAUUAGCUUGAAACACAAUCUUUUCAGCUACCAAAAGCAAACCCAAUUGGCCGAACGCGCUACGAAAUCUUGCGAUGUGUUUCUUAACCAUAGAGGAAUCGACACGAAGAGAACAAUCGUCUCUUUGCUUUACGAUCAUCUUUCUCUACUCAACUUGCGCCCUUUCUUAGAUAACAGGACCAUGAGACCUGGAGAUAAACUGUUUGAUAAAAUUGAUGGUGCAAUAAGGGGUUGUAAGGUUGGUGUUGCUGUGUUUUCACCUAAUUAUUGUGACUCCUACUUUUGCCUUCAUGAACUGGCCCUAAUCAUGGAGUCCAAUAAGAAGGUCAUUCCCAUAUUUUGUGACAUUAAACCCUCUCAGCUUUGUGUCGUGGACAAUGGGCAAUGUCCGCCGGAGAAGCUACAAAGUUUUAGGUUGGCUCUUGAAGAGGCUAGGAACACCGUAGGGUUGACAUACAGCUCGUCAAAAGGGAACAUGGCAGAUGUUGUAACAACUGCUGCAGAUAUUGUAAUCAACAGCCUGAUAGAGAUUGAGAACGAAAAGCGUUCCAUGCAGCGUCCAAAAACUCCAUUCCGUUUAUAAUUACGACUCACGCUAAUUAGUGAAGUUGUCAUCAUAACAUGAACUGAUGAUCCUUGAUUACUUUUGUUAAUUCAUAUUGCAAUAAAGUUAAUAUGGUAUACAACGAUUUUAAUUAUUAUUUCCGCAUUGUUUAAUUCUUUAUUUCUUGGUAACAGAACCCAAAGCUGAAGCUACGCGCUUGCUAAUUGACAUGUAAUUGUACUUUGCAUUCUUUUUAGUUGUAUACUUGUAUGUGUUACAAAUUUUUCAAUAAGA